AUGUUGGCUUUAUGCAUAACAGUUGCAGUAAUGCUUUUUGGUGUGAGAUCAGAACUGAAUCAGGACAUAAAAGGAUGUCAGGAAUCCAUAUCUGAUCUCUACUCUUGUCUUGCUUUCGUCACCAACAAAACUAAAGCUCCAGACUCAACAUGUUGCAGCACACUCAAGGAAAAAAUAGACAAAGGGCAGACCAAGAGAUGUCUCUGUGUACUUGUCAAAGACAGGGAUGAUCCUGGGCUAGGGUACAAAGUUGAUGCCAAUCGUGCAAUGGGCCUCCCUUCCGCUUGUCAUGUACCUGCAAAUAUCUCGCAAUGCCCAGAGCUUCUACAUUUGCCACCAGAUUCACCAGACGCUCAGAUUUUCAAGCAGUUUACUGGAUCCUCUCAGAAUGGUAGGCCUGGAGCUGGAGGUGCUAAUCUUACUCUCUACUUUUUAUAA